UCGUGCGCGACGGGGCGGCGGGUGGUCGGCCAUGAGCGAGGUCCGCCACGCGCUGCUCCGCCGGGACGCGCUGAGCGCCGCCAAGGAGGCGCUCUACCACCUGGACGUGCUGGUCAGCAGCCAGCUGCAGAGCGCGGCGCUGCCUGCCGGGGACGCGGGCCCGGUGGAGCUGCUGGAGGAGUUCGUCUUCCAGGCGCUGCAGGAGCGCGGCGCGCAGCCCAAGAGGCUGAACCCGGUGCAGGAGCUGCAGCUGCUGGAGAUCCUGUGCGGCUACUUCCAGGAGCAGAGCAAGGAGGCGGUGCGGCAGGUGGUCUUCUCGGCGCUCUUCACCCCGCAGGGCAACAAGGCGGACGACAGCCGGAUGGCGCUGCUGGGCAAGCUGGUCUCCAUGGCCGUGGCCGUUUGCCAGGUGCCCGUGCUGGAGUGCGUCGCCUCCUGGCUGCAGCGCACCCCGGCCGUCUACUGUGUGAGGCUGGCCCAGGCCCUGGUGGAUGACUACUGCAGCCUGGUGCCCGGCUCUGUCCAGACCCUCCAGCACAUCUUCAGCGCCAGCCCUCGUUUCUGCUGCCAGUUCAUCACUGCUGUCACCAUGCUGUACGACCUGUCCUCAGAUGACCUCAUCCCUUCCCCUGAUUUGGUGGAGAUGGUUGUCUCCUGGAUCUUCGAAGACCCCCGGUUGAUCCUGAUCACCUUUCUGAACACACCAAUUGCAACAAGCCCGCCCAUUGGCUUUCUGGAGCUCACUCCACUCUGUGGCCUGAUCUGCUGGUGCGUGAAGGCCCCGCUAGCUUACAAGAGACGGAAGCCUCCCCCCUCCAACGACGCCCUCAGUGGGAAGAUGGCCGGGGAUGUGCCGGACAGCUGUGACAGAGACUGCCACCUGCUGUACUCCAAGCUGCACCUCAGUGUCCUCCAGGUGCUGAUGCUGCUUCAGGGGCACUUGACCGAGAAGAACCUGUACGGACGCCUGGGGCUGGUGACUGGGGAGCAAAUGGCUUCCCUUGUGGAGGACGUGUGCCUUCUCUCUGACAAGCUGAACCCACUCCACGCAACCAAAGAGAUUGAGCUGGCUUUGGACCGGCUGGCCCAGGUCUUGCAAGUGGCCAUGGCCUCCGGAGUGUUGCUUUGGACGAGAGAGAAUCUAAGGACAGUGUGUUCUGGGCUGCCGCAUAACAACUUGCUCCAGCUGGUGAUUUCGGGCCCAGUCCAACUGCCAGCCCAUGCUGCUCUGCCCCCAGGAUUUUAUCCUCCCAUCCAUACCCCUCCGCUGGGGUACCCUGCCCACGCAGCGCAUGCGGCUCUCCCAGCUCAUCCUGUGCAGGCAUUCAUGCCAGGCCUGGCGUUUCCUUACCGGCCCAUCCGCUGAACACCUCUGCUCCAGCUCUGUCCAGCGCUUCAUCUUUUCCAUGCUUUGCGGAAGCCUUAUAAAGAGCUUAAAAAAAAAAAAUCUAUAUUUAAUAGCGAAGCAAGCCUAAAGAAAGAGAUGGUCUUUUCUCGGAGGAGAGAACUGAUGGUGCCGGACAUUAACAUGGGAAAUUAAAACAUGCUGGGAAAGUGGAUUGGCCACAAGUAGUUUGGUUCCAGCCUCUGAAUGGGGAAGAACUUUUUCUUUCCCGCUGUUGACUCGGUAUGAUUCUUAACUGUAGAGGAAGGCAGGAUUAAUUGUCUGUGUUUUUUUCGCUGAGAACCUUUUUUGGGUAACCAUUUUUUUCCUGUCCACCAAAACAAAAGGUGUGGAUAGGUAUGAUGUAAAAAUAGGAAAGGGAUAGUUAAGUCACAUUUUAUAAAAAUAGCAAAAGGAUAAUUAAGUCAAAUUUUGUAAGCUGUUUUGAUGGAUCUUUUAUGUGAAGAACCUGUGUGCAUUUUUAAAACAGCAGGUUUCUGCUUCAAAACUAGCAGUCUAGUAUUUUCUGUACAAGGACUGGUAGCUGAUCUUUCUUUUCUGAUAGUAAAUCCAAAUUUGAUUAGAGAAAA